GCACAUCUCCACUGUAAAAAAUGGCGAAUUGUGUUGAAAAUUUUUAAAAAAAAGUUUAUGGUUUUACUGACACGGUUCCUAUAAAUACAAAAGGCAACAGCUGAUGAAAGUUUGGGCCGUGCGAAACAUCUAAGUUAUAUUUGCCUCCCUUGGAUCAGGCAAGCUUGGUUAUCUGGCAUAAAUGAACCAAAACCAAAUUCAGCAAUUGACCUCACACUUAUCGCAGGCACUUGAUCAAAAUUAUGAUGUCGUUAAUAUGGAGGCAGUUCUCUCUGUCAUUUGUGCAUUGGAAGGUACAACGAUUACGAAAGAGCAAUUGGAAGCCACCAGAUUGGCAAAAUAUAUAAAUCAACUUCGACGUAGAACUAAAAAUGAUCAGUUAGCCCGUCGGGCAAAAUCGCUUUUAAAGAAAUGGCGUGAAAUGGUGGGAAUACAUCAACAGACAACAAUUGAUUCUCAGUCGAAACACAUGGAUCAAUCAACAUUUAAACCGAUGGUUGAAACAAAUCUAACGGAAUCCGAAUCGAACGCAACAGAAGCAGACCUCAACCCGAUUCAAUAUAAUUCCCAGCCUUUUUCCCCGACCCUACAGAGUGUUAUCUCUAAUUUGCACACAAAUAUUGAUUCCUCUGAGCCAAAACUUCAUCAUCAAACCAACUUCUCAAGCUUGAUAAACAAUAAUAUUAACAUUGACAAUAGGGACGAAUCGUUGACAAUCGUUGACAAACAAAUACAAUACCAAACUAAAAAUUCAUCAACGAUUACAAAUGAACACUCGUCAAAUUCCGUAUCAAGUGCUUUUGUGGCAAACGAUAAUUUUAAUCAGGCUUCUAUUGUAAUUGAUAUUGUCUCAGACUCUGAUGAGAACGAUACAGUCAACAGUCAAAAAAAGCUUGAAACAGAUUCAUCUUUGUUAGCAACUCCCAGCCAUUACUUCAGGCCAAAGAAGCUAAAAAAGGAUAAAAAGUACAAAAAAAGGGAUAGCCGAGAUAAACCUUUGUUCAAUUUGAAAGGCGAAACUUCACAACAGUCUAAAAAUUCAAAAAAGUCAAAAACGCCAAAAGUAUAUUCAACGGAUCCUGAAAUUUUGUCAUUGUCAAAUAGCUCGAUGAGCUCACUCCUAUCUGGAGAUGCCGUUUCCGGAAACUUCCAAACACGACUGCACCCUCCGGCAGCAGAUUUGACAUUUGCGGGCAGAUUUAAAUCUGUCGGUCGACUAGAGACUUUCAGUAAUGUGAUUACCGUGCAAGCGAAUGGUCAGAAGUCUACUACUAGUGUUAUUGACACAAGCAUAGAGGUCCCAACGCGUCCCAUCUAUGAAGAUAAUAAUGAUUCAAAUACCUCAUGUAGUCGAUUAUCGCCGUAUGAUGAGCUUGAGCCGAAGCUCGAUCAAAGUCGCUUAAAGUCAUGUGAAGAAACAAUUCCAAAAAAACGUGGCCGCAAAAAGGGCUCCAAAGGUGUAGAUUCACUAAUUGCGAAAGAAUCAAGUCUAUCGCAGCAAAUAUUCUUCGGAUCUGGUGUUAAAAAAGUAAAAACUACAAAGGAACUGUUUAAUGAGAUACAAAGUAGGAAGUUAAGUACUUCAUUCAACUGCGGUGAGAACACAACAGCGCCCUCAGUAACGAAUAGAAUAUUAAGUACCAGUUCAACUAAUGUUCGAAAUUUGGAAUCUUUGCAUACGAGACCGGCGUCAUCUUGUUCAGAAACAUCAAUUCACUCUCCGCAUGCUUUGGAACCUUUCUCAUCAAAUGUUUCUCUAGCAGGAACCGAGAAACAUUCAAAUACACUUGAAGACCCUGGAAAUACAGAUAGUGAUACGGUUACAUCAGAGCUUUCACGACACAGCAAACCGCGAAAUAUGAGAAUACAUUCUUUGGAUAGUAACAGCAAUUCCCAUCAGCAGUCAUCAUCGGCCAAAAGCGCGGAAGAUGUAGUAUUGAAAACGGAUUAUAAUGAUGUUAGAACACAAUUAAUGCAUAUUGUACGCAGUUUAAAUAGCCCGCUUACUGUUGACGAGACUGAAAAGCGAUAUCAGGCUGAAAUCGUGCCAUGCACUUGCCUAAUUUUUGAAGAUAUGCCAAAGGAAUCAUUUGAACAUAAUAAGCUCAGUCAAAUCGGUAAAGAAUUAGAUUUGGUAAAUAAAGGUUCAUCUGAUAUUGAUAUUUCUCGCGAUAAACGGCACAAUGAGCAAACAGCUAUAAAAACAGAAAAAUGUGUGGUUGACGCUGCUGAGCAGACUAUUGCUCAAAAGCCAAUGAAGUCGAUUUUCGAUUUAGACUUUGAUGAUGAUGACGAUCCAUUGCAUACGAUUAUUAAACAUGUUUCACCAACAGAGUCGAACGUGAAAACGAAACUUGAUAUUGAAUUUGAUUCCACAGACUCUAAAGUAGUUAGCUUAGUUGAAGAAGAUAUCAAUAAAGACUCGAAAGCAGAAAUUACGGAUAGUUUUCCAGCAUAUCAGGAGUCCAGCAAUAUAAUAGCAGAUCCUAUAUCUAUUUAUACUGUUCGCGAAGAUCCCAAAUGCAUUGCAAAGCAACGGUUUGAUAUUCAAACGAAUGAUGUCACCAAUUUUCAUAUAAAUGCUUUACAUAACUAUUACAUACCAAAUAUUAAUGGAAACUGGAGCAGCAUUGACUCCUCAUUAGUGUUCAAGCCAUCGUCAAUAAUGGAAUUAUUGCAGACUUUGGAGUCCUAUACAGUUACCGAUGGCUCUGAUGUGGUGCCUAAAUAUGGAUCCCUAACAUAUGAGCAACGGAUACGUAAGGACCUGAGCUAUCUAAGAUUCGUUCAAAAUUAUAAAUCAAAAAGUUUUAAGUCGUUUAUACCGCCGUUUUUGGGUGUCGCAAAGUGUUUACCAACGUGUCGUCUGGCAGCUAAAAGGCUGAAGGAUAAAACGAAAUCUCUACCAACAAUAAACAGUGCUAAUAUGUUAAAACAGGAGAAGUCUGAAAUGUAUUGUAACUAUUUUGCAAAUAAUAGUAGUGGUCCAAGUCCGCUAAGAGUUGAAGUCACUAUAAAUGAUACACAAAAAAACAAUGAAAGUCAAGUUCGUUAUUCUGAUGAUAAUCAAAUGAAACAUAACGCUGCACUUAGUUACAAUCUGUUGAAAGUGGUUAACAAUGAAAAUCAUGCAAAUUUCAAAAAAUCAGAUGAUUUAAAUUUUGGAUAUACAAAUAUGAAGUACAGGCGCUAUAGAAGCAAUAGUACUUGCAGCAGUUCUAAUUUACAAUUGACACAAGACUCAAUAAAUGAAAAACUAAGAGAUCAAAGGGCAGAAUAUACAGAGAUAUCGGUGCAGUCCGAAAGUAAUGUCGAACGAAAUAGGAAAAAACGUAGAAAAAGAAAUAAUAGCACACCCUACGAUAAACACAAUAUAAAUAAUUUAACGAUAGAAGAAAAACCACGUAUUAAGCGCAUCAAAAUUGCAAUCAACGGAAAUGUUUCCACUCAUAGACAGAUAUCGGUGAUCAGUAGUGGUGAUAUUAGCUGCGGCGAUGAGGAAGAAGCUCAUAUCGAGAUGAGCGACAUGGAAGUCGGUUCCGAUAAUAUUGGAUACUCUCAUUGUACUUCGGGAGCAAGUGACGAUGAUCAUGAGUCGAAUAGAAGUCAUUCAACAACCGUUGAUAGCAUAUUAGCAGACGAUGACCAUAUGGAGAAUGAUAAUGAUAAUAAUAGUGAUGACGAUGAAUAUGCAAUUGUUCAAAGGCCGUUGGCUCAUGGCGGUGGAAGUAAUAAUCACAUUGUGUUGACAAUAAAGAAAACACCGAGUAAAAUUAACUCACCGGCUAACUCUAUCUCAGCAAUUUCUCCAAUUGUUGGUGUUGCCACCGAAGUUGAGAUGUCAACUGGCAAACAGCAGGACGCUGAUAUAGUCACACCAAAUCUUUCUGUGGAGCCAAAGUGUGAAGCACAUGGAUCGGAAUCAAUUCCUAUGCCAGACACCUGCUGCAAUAAUUUAGAAAAAUGUUAUAGGUAUAGCCAUCGUCGUCGUGCUCCACAUCGAAAACAGAUUUGCCAGAAAGAAACAAUAGACAUAGAACUAAAUCAUUUGUUCAAUAAUGUUCGCCGCAGUGCGCAGCCUUUGGUAAAGACACAUCAAAAAUUAUUUUUCACAAAUGAAUUAUGCAGAAAGGACAAAUCGGGACGAAAUGAGCGCAUUGUUAAUUACAGUAGUAGUAGUAGUAGUAGCAGUAGCUGUGGCAGCAGUAGUUCGAAUGAGGAUGAUAGUGAAAGCGAGGAAAGCAAUCAUACCUCUAGGCAAACUGAUCAAUGUUCAGUUGAUUCAUCAAAUAAUUAUAAAUUAAAGAAUGAGACUGGCCCGAUAACGUCUGUAAAAUGCAUUGUCGCAAAACACGAUGCUGACCGUCGAGAUGACUUGUACUUUUAUUCUAGUGAUGAAUCCUGGACUGAUGUUGAACAUAAUGAUAAUGAAGAAGUACUGAAUGAUAUUAAGUUGAAUACGCUUAGUGAAUUACCAUCAGAGAACAAUGGUAUGCUGCCGUCGUUCAACUCUAUUGGUGCCACAGAUCAUCAUCAGCCAAAGGUCUUAGCAGUAGCAGAUCUGAAUUGUAAUGAUGCUAAUAUAUGCUAUACUAACGAUAACUUAAACGUUAUGCAAUCACAUGACUUAGAUUCUGUGAGCGAUGCAAGUAAGAUGAAGUAUGUCAUUAAUAACCAAAAUUCAAAUGUAAUGUUGAAUAGUAUCGAUAAUUUUAAUCAAAUAAUAUCGCAGCCAACUAUGGAAUAUAGAAGUGGUAUUCGUGUUGUCGACGAUUCUAGCAAAAAUAAGUGUAGUAAUCGAGUCCAACAAUUCAAGGAAUGGCACCAAGUUCUUCAGCUUCAGUCCUAUAAUAAUGAACCAUUGAUAGUUUUGCCAUAUGUUGUUCUUGAAUAAACCUUUUGGAAUACGA